CCUCCACCUCCCUCCCUGAUAGAAGAGAGAAAGAAGAAGAAGAUUCUAGAAGUCACCAGAGAGAUCACUGAGCUGCUGACAGGAGAGGUUCCUAUAAGGUGUCAGGGUGUCACUGUCUAUUUCUCCAUGGAGGAGUGGGAGUAUUUAGAAGGACACAAGGAUCUCUACAAGGACGUCAUGAUGGACAAUCAGCCGCCCCUCACAUCACCGGAUGGAUCCAGUCAUGGGAACCCACCAGAGAGAUGUCCCCGUCCUCUGUAUUCCCGGGAUUCCACACAGGAAGGUCACACCAUCCCUCACCAUCAUCAGAGUGGAAUCCUCGGGGAUGAUAAUAUUGAUGUUAAAGAAGAGUAUAAAGAGGAGGAUGAGGAGUAUGGAGUGAUGGAGGAGUUUUCAGAAGGACACAAGGAUAUGAUGGAGCCACCUAAUACCAGGAACCCACCAGAGAGAUGUCCCCGUCCUCUGUAUUCCCGGGAUUCCACACAGGAAGGUCACACCAUCCCUCACUAUUACAAGAGUGGAGAUCCAAUCGAUAUAGAAUUUGAGGUGAAAGCAGAAGAAGAAGAGGCGUAUGUGAGGGAUGAUCAGCAGUCUAUGGAGGAGGAUGGAAUAACGGGGACAUUUAUAGAGGAGGACACUCCUACAGAGAUCAGCACA